AUGUCCACUUCACAAGAAAGUCGUAAUCAAGGAAGGCGUAAUCAAGGAAGAUUCAAUCCUGAGGAAGAUGCUAAAUUGCUCGCAUAUGUCGGUGAUCAUGGUGCCCGCAGGUGGAGUAAAGUCGCGGCCCAUGUGGAAACGAGGGACGCAAAACAAUGUCGGGAAAGAUACUUCGGACACUUGGCUCCUGAUGUUAACAAGGAACCUUUCACAUCUGAAGAACAAGUAAAGAUAUAUGAAUUAGUUAAAAAAGGCUGUAAAUGGAAUGAUAUUGCGCGACAGUUAGGUAAUGGUCGUAUUCCAAAUAACGUCAAAAAUCUUUGGAACCAAAAGCUAGCUAAAUCACCAAUGGGAAUGAUAACAAAGAAAACUAUCGAUAAGUCGUCUAAUAUAAAAAGUAGGGUUAAGACAGGGUCUCCACAAAUAUCUCUGGAAGAUAAAAACAAUGUCGAUGCACAAUUAACAUCCGUCAAUUGUUAUAAAUUUCCUGAAAAAAAACUUGACACGAUUAACGCUUUUGAAGACAGAAGCAUCAUUACUACACCAGUUAACAUACAACUACCUCAUUUCAAAGAGUUUUUUGAGCAAGCCAAGGAAAGGCACCUUAAGGCGCCCCAAUCUUCGACAAUUUCCCCAGAAAGAUCGCAUUUUGACGUAAAAACGCUCGGUCGUUUUCCAUUGAUAUAA